AAAACUACGCACCCGCCGUUUUCCAGCCGCUCGAUCUCGUAACCGCAUGCCGCGGAGCUCGGUCGUCCGUGACGAAAACUUCAACGCGAUGACUUUCUUCGCGACGCGCGUUCUCAAACGUUGCGCCAUCGACUUCCGCUUCCCAGAGUUCGCGAGGUUCGCAGAGUAGCAACGGGUGCGUCGUCCACGUCUUUCAGGAGGAAAGUUAGCACGCGCGUACGGUUUCCCUUUUAGAAGCUUUGCGACACGUUACGAGGCAUUUUUAGGGCCGUUGCACGCUCGUGGUUACCACCAAGUGCUGAGUUUCUCGAUCGCGCGAUCUACGCACACGCGGGGUCGAUUCGCGAUUCUCGUUGCUUACCAGCAACAAGAUCGGAAAAUUCUCUUUACAUUUUUCCGAGAGACGAUCGCGAACGUUCGCCGAUCGUGUAACGCUCUGCCUGUCGAUUAUGCGUUUCCAGAUAGACGCGGGUAUCUUAGAAAAUUUCCAACAACGAGCUUAGAGAGAGAGUUGGUUUUCCACGACUCCGCGAAGAAAUCGCGGACGUCGAGUCUUGGAAUAAAAUUCUGUUCGUACGCGGGAAGAAAUGCGUUGUACAGUUUCUUCUUUAUUGGACUGCGCGGCCAGGGGAAUCGAGGACAAAGUUGUAUUUACGCUGGACUUCGACAGAGAUGGUCUAACGAAGCUGAAGAAGGCGAUCAAAGCCAUCCACAACUCUGGAAACGCUCACGUCGAUAACGAGGUGUACCUUGGAAGGGCACUGGAAAGGCUCGGGGAUGCAGCCUUGAAAGAACAGGAACCGGAUAUCGGCGCUGCUUUCUUAAAGUUCGCCGUCGUCACGAAGGAAUUGAGCGCCCUCAUGAAAACUCUGAUGCAGAACAUCAACAACAUCGUGAUGUUUCCCCUGGACUCGGUGCUGAAGGGUGAUCUGCGAGGCGUGAAAGGCGACUUGAAAAGGCCGUUCGAAAAGGCGUGGAAAGAUUACGAGGCUAAAUACGCGAAAAUCGAGAAGGAAAAGAAGCAGCACGCGAAAGAGGCUGGCCUCAUUCGAACGGAAGUGACGCCGGCCGAGAUCGCCGAUGAGAUGGAGAAGGAGAGAAGAUUGUUUCAAUUGCAAAUGUGCGAGUAUCUUAUAAAAGUGAACGAGAUCAAAACGAAGAAAGGAAUUGAGCUGCUUCAGCAUCUAGUCGAAUAUUACCAUGCACAAACCAAUUACUUUCAAGACGGCCUAAAAACCAUCGAACAUUUUGGUUCGUACGUGGCAGACUUGAGUGUGAAAUUGCAAAAGAUCAGGCAGACGCAAGACGAGGAGAGAAGGCGACUAACAGAACUGAGGAAUCUCCUUAGAAGCUCAGGUUGCGACAAAGAGUUGAACGUAAACGCGAAUGCAGGAUAUUCGCUUCACCAGCUGCAAGGAGAUAAGCAACACGGCGUUACCAGGUCCGGGCAUCUUCUGAAGAAAAGCGAAGGAAAAAUGAGGAGAGUUUGGCAAAAGAGACGCUGCGCGGUUCAAGCCGAAGGCUAUCUAGAUAUCUGUCACGCGGACGAGAAUAAACCACCGACGAGAGUGAAUUUAUUAACCUGUCAAAUCAAGCUAGUACCGGAUGACAAACGGGGUUUCGAUCUCAUUAGUUACAACAGGACGUAUCACUUUCAAGCGGAAGACGAAGCAGACCAGAGAGCGUGGAUGUCCGUUUUGGUAAACUGCAAGGAGCGUGCCCUGCUUCGAGCAUUCGACGCCAGUGGCAAAGCAGAGGCUGGCACAGGAAAUCCAAGUUUAGUCGAACUUCAACAGGCUGUAAUACGAUGUGUCAUGAGGUUACCUGGAAACGAUCAAUGCUGCGACUGUUCAUCGCAAAAUGAUGCUACGUGGCUCUCUACAAAUUUUGGCAUAAUCGUGUGCAUAGAAUGUAGCGGAAUUCACCGGGACUUAGGAGUGCACAUAUCCAGAAUACAGUCCUUAACGUUAGACAACGUUGGCACUGCUCAAUUACUUCUUGCACGGCACAUGACCAAUCAGGCGUUUAACGAAGUGAUGGAAGCUACAUUGCAUCAUAAUCACAAGCCAACGCCAACUUCAACGAUGGAAGAAAGAUACGAAUUUAUAAGAGCCAAGUACGUGGAUAAGAGAUACGUGAUGAACACUUGUGCAGAUGAACGAGAUCUCCUUUCUGAUUUGGAACACGCCGUUAAUAAUCGCGACCUGCAACAACUUCUGCAAGUCUAUGCUGAAAACGUAGAUUUAGCGGCACCCUUGCCUACCUCGGAUCUGGGCGAGACGGCUUUACAUUUAGCGAUUCUACGCGAAAUGGGAAACAGUUUACACAUUAUAGAUUUCCUAGUGCAGAAUAUGUCGACGGGUGGUAUAGAUAGGACUACGAUCGACGGAGAAACAGCGUUACAUCUUUGUGCACGACACGACAGAGCAGAAGCGAUGAAGCUGUUACUACGGGCAGGCGCUGAUCCAACACACCGAAAUAAACAGGAUAAAACGCCGCUUGACAUUGCUCAGGAAAUGGGACAUCACACAUGUAAAGAACUGUUGAGUCAUGCUCUACAAAGACAGAAAACAUUGUUUGAUAAUGUUAACAUCGAUUGGAAUCUUUCACACGACGAAGGAUCUACCGAUUUUUCUGACGAUGAAACGAUAAUAGAAGACAGGAAUGGCUGUUUAACACCUGAAAAGAAAUCUCGCAGUAGGCCGCCUUCUUAUGUAGGCGGUGGUGGUAGUGGUGGUGGUACCGGAUCGGGAGAUUCACCAGUGACUUUACGUAGUCGAAGUAGCACUUGCGAUAGCCUGCAAAGCGGUUCUUCUCCAAGUUCCUCGACAAAUAGACAACAAAUGCCUCCACCACCACCACCUCAAUCGAGGAAACCUGUUGUUGUACCUGCUCCCAUGGCUCCAGAUAUUUCGGUCAAUAUUCAUGGAUCACUGAAGAAGCGUGUAGCGCCGCCACCACCACCGGCCGGAAGUACAGGUGGUAUACCUUCCUCUCAUUACGGUACUCUACCUUCGUCCGCGUCUUUAGCAGCGUCAACGCAUAGCCGUACAACGAGCGAACCGAUCUUAGCUGGGCAUUCUUUACAUACUCUACCACAUGCGUUAAAUACAUUAAACAGUCAGCAUCAUAAAAGAUCGCCCAGUGGAGAUUCUUCAACGGGACACGGUGCGUUUGAAAAUUCACGCAAACUCCUCUACGAACUGCCGUCUAGUUCGGGUACGGACAAAGUAAACAGCUCGACGCUCCAGAGGCCGAGGAAUCCUCCACCUCCAGCCCCAUCCGGUAUCAAUUCGUCCAGAUUGAGCAACGGACGUAGCAGUGAAUCAUUAAGCUCUAUGUGUUCGGAUCAUGGUUUGGGUAAUCCCAUUCCGCCUCCACGUAAGCGAAGGGACCGGGCCAGGCUAGAGAGCUACGCUGAGGAGCCUUCAUCUUUGCUCCCAAAUCUGAAUCUGCCAACUUCGUCGACCCUAAGCGGUCUGCGACGCUGUCGAGCCUUGUACGACUGCGAAGCGGACAACGAGGACGAAUUAUCGUUCCGCGAAGGCGAGGUGAUCAUCGUGACGAAUGAGCAAACUGACGACGACAACUGGAUGGAAGGUGCCCUCGAAAGAGCGCCUGAAAGGAGGGGAAUGUUCCCGAUCAGUUUCGUGCACAUGCUGCAAGAUUAACAUUCGGUAAGCCUGAACUCGUUGGCAAGUGUCUCCAGUACUGCCAGCUCCGUGAGCGUUGCUAGUCUCGGCAGAAGGUCUUGGUUGAGAAAACCAAAGGAUUGAAGAUGAAGGAUCGGGCGUUUGUCUGGCGAUUGUUUAAAAAUCGUCGAUUUCACGAUGUCCAUUCUUUUGGCACUUCUUCUCUAUGUUUCUACAACACACUUGUAGGCCUCGAACUUUUGUACACGAAGUUAUUAUCGUUCGAACUAAACACGCGAGUGUAGAAAGUGCUUCGGAAAUAGGUAGCUUUAGUGCGGUAUUCUAACCUCCUUAAGAAUAAACCUAAUCAUAACCUAACCCUAAGAAUGAAAGAUCACUAGAAUAUAGAUCUAGGAACUCUUCCUUUCUGGAAUAUAAAUGAUUUCCGUCUGCAAAAAUACACGCAUCGCACCGACGUUUUCAGAGACAUGCAAAAAUUCCAGAUGUAUUCUGAAUUUUUUCAUGCGCAGAAAUAAUCCAGAUUUUUAGUAUUAUCACGCUAUCAAUAGUAUUACUAUCUUUCUCCCCAUUUCUGAAGCACCAUGUAUACUAUGAACUCGUUCGAUCUGUUGUUCGACCCGAACAAGAUUCGGUAUCCUAACUACGUUUCCACUUGAGUAAACAUACAUGAUCGAGUGUGUACUUUUGUCACAAAUAGUAGUUCGCUCGAACGUAGAAACGUGCUUAAGAAGGUAAAUCAUAGCCACGCUAUGUACUAAUGUGGAACGAAUCAAAUUAAUUCACUGUAUCGCUUGGUUCCACUGGGAUAAAUUGACUCGGUUGGACAUGUCGGACCUGUUUCUGGUUCAGUUUUUGGAGGUUACAUGGAAUUUGAAAUAGUUUCUUAGCUUGUAGAUGACAAUCAGCUUGAAAUUACUCCGUAGACACAUAUUGAUUUUCUGAAAUGGAGAUUUUGACAUUUGAAUAAUGUAGAAAACAGGAAAAUAAACGAAGAAACUUUUUUAAAGAUGUUUGUCUACGUCUGAGAGGAGGGGUAGAGUUUGAUGACUCUUAUGGAAAGAAAUAUCGUUUAAUUAGGAGAAGAGCAAUUUGAAAAAGAUGGGGUUUGUCUUCGAGAGUGAUUUAGAAACAUCACGGAGAGUAGCUGCUAUAGCCUGAACAAAAUCAAUUGGCUUUUUCAAAGCCACCGGGGGAAACCCCCGCUAUUUAGCUGUUAUGCAAAUUGACUCAGGAAAAGUAAUCUGCAAAUGUCCAUUCAAUUUUAAUCAUAUUGUAUUUAAAAACAACAGAAGCGCGUAGUAAAGCCGCAAAAGAGGUAUAAAACGGUGAAAGAAUUAUUUAAAGGAAUUAUUUUAUAAAGUGAAACGCAUUAAAGCAAAAGCUUGAACAAAAUUGAAGCUAUAAAGAAAGUUGGUAUAGUGAAAGUUUAUGCUAGUAGUAUAGUUAACUUAAGGUAUUUAAUGUAAUUACGGUAAGGAUGAUAUAUUGGAAUAAAAUUAUAAUUGGUAUGUAUAGAAGAAGAAAAGUAUAUUAGAGUUGUAUUUUUUUUAAUAAUCUCAUUGCAAUUGGGUUAAAGAAGAUUUUAGAAAUCCAAUUGACAUUGUUCAGACUAUUAGCCUCGAUACUUCAUGUGCUGUAUCAAAACGUGCCUACUCGAGUCGGAUAUUCAAGCGUGAAGGGAACGUGUCUUUGACGAUUCUACAAUUCUAGAAAUGCAAAGAAUUUCGAUAAAUGAAAUGCAUUCAGUGCCAGAAGAACAAGAACGUAACAUGACUAUUAAUCGUUUCGAGCAAGACGUCGAAAUCGAAGACUGGAUCGAUUCGCGGUUCUGAAGACCGACGGUAAACAAACAUAAAAUGUGAUAUAAGAUAUAUUUCAGUAUAAAUUAUUAGUAUUACGAAUCGGAUUUAACAAAUAAAACAAGAAUUCGGUACACUAAUAAAAUGGCGCUGUCGUGCGUGUUAAUCAAGGCAGAGCGCUGCGAUCGGCAAGUCCAUCGUAAAUUACAUUAAUUCGUUCGUAACUGAUUAGAACUAAGAGGAUACCGGUUUAUCUUGCUGCUAAUUAUUAUCGAUUGUAUUACGUAAAACCAGCAGGUAUAUUCGAUCGGAAUAAAAAGUAGACUGCGGAUGUUUAUACAAUUUUGUAUCUUUAUGGACAUUUUUGAUAUUUCUGCAGCCGUCACAAACGAAAAUGUUGUAAAAUGGGAAAUCACGGAAAAUAAACAUUCCUCGUCAUCCCUCACCCUCUAAUCUCUUCAUCCGCACUCUGGAAUCUUAAAUUUCCCAAAAACGAGUAAACGUCCGCAGUCUGCAGUCACGUUCGGUAAAUGUGCACAAUUUCGUCUAUACAGAGCCAAACGUAAAAAACGAAAAAAAAUAAAUGUAUGCGUGCGUGCGUGCAUGUGUGUAUGCGUGCAGUCAUAAGGAGAACAAAAGCAGAAGGGAAAAUACAGAGUUUGAUCUGUUACCUGUUGCAUGUCUUAAAUAUCUGGCGCACAUUUCUACUCUGUACUGCCAAUGCUGAGUAUACUCUAUUAUACAGUCGCGUUUCAGGCGAGUGAAACGAAAAGGAAAAUCAUAGAAAAAAUUUCCGUGAAAUAGACGCAACGAGUGGCGUCGAUCGUUAUGGAAGAUAUAAUAUAAACUUAGGAUGUCAAAAAGAAAAAG